UAGUGGUCAGUGGUGAUUACUGGUAACUGGGUCCACAGGUUUGCCAAGUGAAUGACACCGCUAGCCUUGGAGCAUGACUGGGAGCUAAAUAGUGCAGAUACCUUCCAGGAGAACAGAAUCUCACCUCACAGGACAAACAGUGCUGCCAGGUCUGGCUAACAGGCUGCAGUGAGAGACCCACCGGCCUCUGAAGAGGGAUCCUGGAAAUCCAAACAACCACUGCACUGAUAUUCUACAUCAGCAGGUGCAGCCAGUGGCCUUACCUUGACCCACAUUGUGGAAGAGCUGAUUUCACGUGAUUCACAUUUCUGCCUUACUGUAAGACAAGGUUCCCAACAUGUAUUACAGUUCUUAUCACUGGAUCUUUGUGUGUCUCUGUAUCUUCAUUCCAAGAAUAUACAUCCAGGGGAAUCAAUCUAACAUCGAGACCAACAUGAAUGACAAACUCUCAUUGCCUGGCUUUCAGAAUCUCACUGCAGGAUAUAACAAGUUUCUCAGGCCCAAUUUUGGUGGGGAGCCUGUUCAAAUAGCAUUAACACUCGACAUUGCCAGUAUUUCUAGCAUUUCAGAAAGUAACAUGGACUACACUGCGACCAUCUACCUGAGGCAGCGAUGGACCGAUCAGCGGCUGGUGUUUGAAGGCAACAAGAGCUUUACUCUGGAUGCUCGCCUUGUCGAGUUUCUCUGGGUACCCGACACCUAUAUUGUGGAAUCUAAAAAGUCUUUUCUACAUGACGUCACUGUGGGGAACCGACUGAUUCGAUUAUUCUCCAAUGGUACUGUCUUGUAUGCUCUCAGAAUCACUACUACUGUUGCAUGUAACAUGGACCUAUCUAAAUAUCCCAUGGACACACAGACGUGCAAGUUACAGCUGGAGAGCUGGGGUUAUGAUGGAAGUGAUGUGGAGUUUUCAUGGUUGAGGGGCAAUGACUCUGUCCGAGGCCUUGAAAAUUUACGACUGGCUCAGUAUACUGUGCAGCGGUAUUUCACCUUAGUUACUACGUCCCAACAGGAAACAGGAAAUUACACCCGACUGGUCUUACAAUUUGAACUUAGGAGAAAUGUCCUGUACUUUAUUUUGGAAACCUAUGUUCCUUCUACUUUUUUAGUCAUCUUAUCCUGGGUUUCCUUCUGGAUUUCCCUUGAUUCAGUACCUGCAAGAACCUGCAUUGGUGUCACCACUGUACUGUCAAUGACAACCUUGAUGAUUGGUUCCCGUACAUCUCUGCCUAAUACUAACUGCUUUAUAAAGGCCAUUGAUGUAUACCUUGGGAUCUGCUUUAGCUUUGUUUUUGGGGCUCUGUUGGAAUAUGCAGUUGCCCAUUAUAGCUCCUUACAGAAGCUGGAAGCCAAAGACAAGAGGAGUUCUAAAGAAGUAGAAGAAGUCAAUAUUACUAACAUCAUCAACAGCUCCAUCUCCAGCUUCAAGAGAAAGAUCAACUUUGCCAGCAUUGAAAUCUCCAGUGAUAACGUCAACUAUAGUGACCUGACAAUGAAAACCAGUGACAAGGUCAAGUUUGUUUUCAGGGAUAAAAUGGGUAGAAUUGUUGAUUAUUUCACAAUUCAAAAUCCUAGUAAUGUAGACCGUUACUCCAAACUAUUAUUUCCUUUGGUUUUCAUGCUAGUCAAUGUAUUUUACUGGGCAUAUUAUUUGUAUUUUUGAGAACCAAAUGCCUUGAAAAUUUUUGUCAUAAGUAAUGAUACAAUUGGCAUUUUAGUCCUAACAUGCACAAUAGCUCUAUGGUACUAGAAGUAGCCAAGAUAUAACAUUUGAGUAGUCAUCCUUGAAAAGUGGCCCUUAUAUGUAUUCUAGUGUGCCAUGUCCCUUCUGGUAGUGUCUAAUAUCUUGUGAUGAGAACACCAACUUAUUUCUCUCCUUUUCUUUUGAAGGACAUCUUCCCAGUGCCCUGAGACUCUAUGCCAUAGUUGUCUAUGUGAUGAAUGUCAAUAGGCUGCCUUCAACUCUUAUAUACCACUGGUAUUUAAUAAUAAUAGCUAACAUUUAUAUAGCAUGGGCUAAACGUUUUACAAAUAUUA